AUGACCGGAGAGGCAGUGAACGCAAAAGCGUACCCUUUGGCCGAUGCGCAGCUGACGAUUACAAUACUCGACCUGGUUCAACAGGCAGCUAACUACAAGCAGCUUAAAAAGGGCGCCAAUGAAGCGACUAAGACCCUCAACAGGGGUAUUUCUGAGUUCGUAGUGAUGGCUUGUGACACUGAGCCGAUUGAGAUUCUUCUUCACCUUCCCCUGUUGGCUGAAGAUAAGAAUGUUCCCUACGUUUUUGUCCCUUCGAAGCAAGCACUUGGCCGAGCCUGUGGUGUCACAAGACCUGUCAUUGCGUGUUCUGUGACUUCCAAUGAGGGAAGUCAAUUGAAGUCGCAAAUACAACAGCUCAAGGAUGCCAUUGAGAAACUCCUUAUCUAA